CUUUAAUCAGUUUAAAUGGAAUUCAAGCUUGGCUGUGGGAGCGUUGGCUUUGUUGAAUAUUGGGUGGUUUGUGAUGUUCUGCUACUUUUUGGAGCUUUGGAUGGCCCAAAAUUGACCUAAUUCAAUUCCCUCCCUGCUGUUGCAGUUCUGCUACAAUAUUAGUGAUGAAGUCCCGGAUUUGAGUCCCCAGGAUGGCUUUAAAGCACCAGGAACUAAAUCCCAGCCUUAUCCAGAGCAGAAAGGAAAUUAAAGCUUUGCUGGGAGUGUCAGAGGUGAUUGGAGCCCUCGUCCUCGCCGUUGGGAUUUAUGCAGAAAUUGAAAGACAGAAGUACAAAACUCUAGAAAGUGCCUUUCUAGCCCCAGCAAUUAUUUUAAUACUUCUGGGCAUUGUAAUGUUCCUGGUAUCCUUUGUGGGUGUACUGGCUUCUCUAAGAGACAAUUUAUGCCUUCUGCAAGCAUUCAUGUACAUCCUGGGCAUCUGCUUGCUGAUCGAGCUGACAGGUGGAGUGGUGGCCCUGAUCUUCAGGAACCAGACAAUCAAAUUUUUGAAUGAUAACAUCAGAAGAGGAAUUGAGAAUUACUACGAUGAUUUAGACUUCAAGAACAUCAUGGAUUCUGUUCAAAAGCAGUUUAAGUGCUGUGGUGGGGAAGAUUAUAGAGAUUGGUCCCAAAAUGUGUACCACAACUGUGCAGCUCCAGGACCACUGGCCUGUGGGGUGCCCUACACUUGCUGCAUCAGAAAUAAGACAGACAUUAUCAACACUAUGUGUGGAUACAAAACCAUUGACCAAGAGCGCCUGAGCGUUCAGAACGUUAUCUACGUCCGAGGGUGCACCAAUGCUGUGCUCAUUUGGUUUUUGGACAACUACAGCAUCAUGGCUGGCGUGCUGCUCGGCAUAUUGCUGCCCCAGUUCCUGGGGGUGCUGCUGUCCCUGCUGUACAUCACCCGUGUGGAGGACAUCAUCACGGAGCACAAGCUGAGCGAGAGCCUGUUCGGAGACGCGCGCCACAGAGCCGCCCCCGAGUUUGCCGGAGCCGGCUGCUGCAUGUGUUACCCGGGGUGACUUGGGGAACCCAAAACGCAGCUGAAACCAGGCAAACCCAGCAGCUUUGGUCCCUGCUGGCUGCUGCAGACUGUGGGGGUGGUGAAGCAGCCGGUUCCGGUGACCUGGGAUGCAUCGGAGCGGCCCCACGCUGCCGACGGGACCGGAGGGUGCAUUAAACCCCCUGUGGAUCUGUGGAUCAUUAAAUCUCCUGUGGAUCUGUGAUCUGUGGAUCAUUAAAUCUCCUGUGGAUCAUUAAAUCUCCUUCUGAGUGAUUGCUGAGUGAUGAGGCAGCCAGAAAUGAACCGGAGCAGAUUUGAACGUCGAUUUCUAGGAAGCGUCUUUGCGUCCCGGGGUGUUGUAUUUAAGUUUUUUGUCCUCUUUGUCUUUGUUUUCUCACUGCUUCCUGAGAGAUUUCUUACUGAUCCACAGGGUGAAUGUGGAACAUGUGUUUGAUAACGGGGUUUUAUGCUAAUCAUGAUGAAUUUACUGACAAUAAUGGAUGUGAUGCUGAUCGCUUUCAUUGCUCAGUCUUCUGUGCCUUUUAAUAACGGGGCAAAUGCCAAUGUCAGAUCAGUCAGGUAAUGCUUGAUCUAUUU